CCUCAACCUGGCAUAACCGGAAGUGGCGUUGUCUCCCCCGUGUCCCCGGGUAUCAUAUACGGAAAUCACACGGGACAGAGCCCGGCCAUCAUUGUGAGCGGUGUACCUGGCACUGGCCCCUCUGGGGACAGAACGACAAUCAACCCACCUACGGUCAUUGGCGAAAUCACAGGAACCGGCAACACCCUUAGUCAUCUCAGGGCAGCCGGGACCAGGUGUGACUGGUUCGAAUCUGCCUUCAGGUGUCACUGGCAUCAUCCGCGGUCGUUACGGGUAGCUCGGCUGUGUGCGUGUAUAAGGACAAGGUGUACAAAGUAGGGGACACGUGGGAGGACGGCUGUGACUACAGUUGUACCUGUGUCGAUGGCACAAGUGGCAUGUACUCAUGUACCUACAGGUGUCAGGUGUUCUCGGGAUUACCUAACUACUGUCAACUACAAACUGAUGCUGAAGACAAGUGCUGCAAGAAGCCAGUGUGCCAGUUCAACGGAACAGUACUGGAACCGGAGAUAGGAGACAGCCGGCUGCCCAACCUGUCCCCCACCCUGGGGCCCAACGUACAAAAUGUCCUACCCUGGGCUCGCAUUUACUCCUCACAGGCUCCAGCCGCCCGUAUGGUUCUGAAGUGAACACCAUUUAUGGUGGAGGAUCAACGUGUGUAUACAAAGGUCAGGUGUAUAUUCCCGGUGAAUCUUGGGACGACAAAUGUGAUUAUACCUGCACGUGUCUUGGCGAGAAAAACGGUCUGUACAGAUGCUUAUCCAAGUGCCCAACGUACCCCCCUAUGCCAUCUUACUGCACUCCUGACGAUGAUACCCGGCCAGUGCUGUCCAAGUCUCAUGUGCAACAUACCUAACGUGGGUACCUACUACCCUGUUACGCAACUCACCCCAACCCCAAACCCACCCCUGGUCCAAAUGGUGUGUACCCGACAGUUGCCAUCAACCCAAUCCGCAGAUAGUGGUUGUAGGUGGAAGACUUACAGGAAUCGGAGAUUCAGGACUACCGGGUGGAGGCACCCUUGUUUCUCAGAACUUUGGAGCCAUUACAGAUAGGUGCGUGGUGGACAACAAGUUGUAUAAACAAGGCGAGUCAUGGAACUUGAACUGCACUUACACCUGCACGUGCUUGGAUUCGCUGGUUGGUUUCUACAAAUGCAUUCCCAGGUGUCCGACGUACGAUGUCCGUACCCUGCCUUCAGCAUGCUCCCUGGUUGCGGAUCCUGCAGACAACUGCUGCCAGACGCCAUCUUGUCCCGACGCCAACGGUCAUCAGACCACCAACAUCACCUACAUCCAGCACGUGUACUCAAUAGUCGGUUCUUUCUCUGGCGGCUCGUCAGGCUUCAGGCCUGGCUACCAGUUCGUCGUCAGCUCGAUGGGUGGCACCCGAACGGGGUGUGUGUACAAGGGUACCCCAUACGCCGUGCACUCCACGUGGGAUGAUGGCUGCGACUUCACCUGUCAGUGCAUCGAUGACGUCACGGGCAUGUACCAGUGCACCCAAAAAUGCCCCACGUACACCAUGUUGCCGCCGUCGCUGGUGCUGGUGGCCGUGGAGGGUCCAGUGCUGCAAGCAGCUGAGGAACAUCGCGGACCUGCCGACCACUACUCACGACACGCGCUGCUACGACAGGUUAGACAACUGCCGGUCCUUCACCAAGAACGCCUGCUCAGGAAUCUACAGGGGUGGGCCGAGGCCCAUUGCCCGAUGUUCUGUGGUAUAUGUAAUGCGACAACACCAGCGCCUCCAUGUAUCGACGUUCUUCCCAACUGUCAGAACUACGGCAGUCAAUCCUGCCUUCCACCCUAUGUGGACUGGGCUUAUGACAACUGCAGGAACUUCUGCAAUUAUUGCAAUGGCUACCCGGAGUUUUCCACCACGCCUGUAUCGACGACACUGUGGACUACUCCGGCGUCUGGCUGCUUCGACAAGCUCCCCAACUGCCAUGAGUAUGGCGACUACGUGUGUACCGAUCACAGCUACAAGCAGUGGGUGUUGGACAACUGUCAGAAGUACUGUCACGUUGGAGAAUGCGAUAACACGACGACUACACCAUCGGGUCCGUGCCAAGACAAGAUUAAUAACUGCGAGAGUUACGGACCGUCGUCUUGUGUGGGUAUCUAUGCUGGAUGGGCAGGCAACAACUGUCCCAGAUACUGCAACUUGUGCACUUCAACGUCAUCCGAGGCUCAAGUGACCACUACAACAGUGGCGACCUCUUGUAGGGAUAAACUCUCCAACUGCGACAACUACGGCAAGUCUGUCUGCCAGGCCCCGGAAUACCACGCCUGGGCCAGCGACAACUGUGCAGCCUACUGCGGCGUCUGCAGCGAAACGCUUACAACUGGUAAAAUUGUGAUGCCCUCCGGGUGGGUGGUACUCAUGAAAGGCGUGUCCGGGGUGCCUGGUGAUUUGUGGCAGCUAUGGUCUGGUACGGGUACGGCCAACGAAAACAUCCCACAAGCACAGUCCCUCACGAACCAGUACCCAGGACACUACAAGCCCCCGAUCGCCAACGAAUGGAGCGCGUGCAAGUUUGAGAGGGUUAAGGUGGCUGUCUAUUCAGAGGGAGUAGAGAAAGGAAAUAUCGUCUUCAACGUGCUCAACUCCGGCAAGAACGAUUGGUUCAGACCAGAAAACGUCAUUUCCUCCACUUGGAACGACCUACCCAGCACUGCCAGCAGCUUCAGCAUGCCAGGGGAUGUAACCUCUGGCCGAGAGUUUGCAGUGGCGACUUCAACGGUUGCCAGGGCAACGGAUGGAUCAUGGUCUCAACCUUGAACACCUGCACUUACGAGCAGACAGGGUCGGCACCGCGGUUCCUAUACUCUCUGGCGUCAACGGCAGCGCAGCUGGGAGCAGGCCAUCUAGGAGAAGGGGAUGUCUUUGCUAUUCUUGGACAAGGUGGAUUAUGUA